GCCAAUCCAGAGCGAAAGCGUCACCAACAUUAUUGAACUACAUUUCCCAUGAUGCCUGAGACAGGACUACAAAAGCGAACAUGGCGGCCAUUGGCAGGUUUUUGAAGAACGCUUGGAAUAAAGAGCCUGUGAUCACAGUUUCCUGCGGUAUCGGGCUGCUGGCUUGCGUUUUGCCGGCUUUGAGCCCUUUAACGAAGUACACAGGAAUGAUGAACCAAGCGAUUCCAUACAAUUAUCCAGGUAUAUUAUCCUUCUGCAGUGUGUAAACGCCCGACACCAGGGUUAUUUGGGUGUUUCUUUAA